AUGACCAUCUUAAAGAUCUGCUAUAUUUGUAUAAAAUAUAAUGAUUUAAAAAAACUGAAAUUUAUUUUGAAUAAAACAUUUUUGACAAUAUACCGAAAAUGUUCAUUAAGAGUUUUAAGAAAAAAUAUUUUAAUUACUGACUAUAAAAUAAAUUCCUAUUUCAAGAAAUGUUUAAAUUUGUUUGAAAUUAUAGAUCAUAUUACUAGAAUAUUGAAUUAUUAA